CCAAAACAAUCACAGCAGAGAGAGAGAGAGAAAGAAGAGGGAGAGAGAAGAGAGAGAGAGACCAUGGCUUCCGCCGUCGCUUGCAAGGGUGCCACGCCGGCCAGCUUCCUCAAGUCCGGCGCUCCCGUGGCCUUCUGCCCCCUCAACACCACCUCCGUCACCGCCGACCACCGCCCGUACAACACCCUGGUCAAGGAAGCCAUCCGCUACGACGACGACGACGACUACAGCGGCCGCCACCUCGUCCUCCCCAGCUUCUUCUCGCAGGACGUGCUCGACCCGCUCGGCGCGCCUCAGACCGGUCUGUCCUCCACUGCUGGGACGUCGCGGCUCGGACGCUGGGUGACCAAGGAGGACGACGGCGCGGUGUACCUCAAGGUGCCGAUGCCGGGGCUGACCAAGGAGCACGUCCAGGUGCGCGCGGACAAGAACAUCCUGGUGAUCAAGGGCGAGGGCCAGAAGCAGCCCUGGGACGGCGACGACGACUCCGCGGUGCCGAGGUACAACCGCCGCAUCGAGUUGCCCGCCGACGCCUACAAGAUGGACAAGAUCAAGGCCGAGAUGAAGAACGGCGUGCUCUGGGUCACCCUGCUCAAGCUGAAGGAGGAGGAGCGCAAGGACGUCUUCCACGUCAAGGUCGAGUAGUCCUCCUUGUAGUUCCACGUGGUACUGCUCAUGGAGGAUGGCCGGUGCGCGAGUUUCUGAGAGGCGCCGUGUUGAUGUGGUCAUGUUUGGUGUCUUUCUUUCUUGUUUUGCUUCGUUGAGCGUCUUGGAUCGAAGUUCGACUAGGUAGUGGUCUGGCGGUGAAGUCUGUCAUGAACUCUGUUAGUUUCUUCUAUGUUCGGCAUGGGACGAACUUGCUUUGGUGGUGAAAUUCUGUUGAUUUCCUCAAGUUUGGCAUAUCAUGAACUGAUUUGGUGCUAAAAUUUGUCAUGAAACCUUGUUGAUCUCCUUAAGUUUGGCAUGCUGGCCUAAUUUAGUGGUGAAAUUGGUCAUGAUCUU